AUGUACAUGCUCCUCCAUCACCAUCUCUCCGAAAUCUGCAUUCGCAUCAGGACAAAGUUGGGUGGACCAAAGUCUAAGUCCUCCAGCUACCGUAUCUACAGCAGUGAAGUGACUUUAUCAAAGGGCCAACUUAAAAUCAACACUGCGUCUGCACGUUGUGUCUCUUCGGAGCAUCCCAGCAUGGCGUCUCUUCGGUAUGGCUACACAACCCCAGCAAACCGUCACAGUUGUUCAGUUCCUGUCGUUCCCUCCUGA